UGCAUCUUAAGCAUUCAACUCGCAAUGGGAGGAGCUUCAGACAAGAGGUCACAACAAUCAUGGCGUGGAGAGGAUGUUUUUUGAAGUGGGCCAAAACAGACUUCAUCAGAUACCCUAAGAAUAUUUCACGAAGCUCGAGAGUUAACCCCUACAACCAGCAGAGGUGCAGUUUCCGUCGAGAAGCCAAAAGACCAGAUACCAAGAAAGAAAAUAUCACCCAAGAGUUGAAUACCUCUCCUUCUGAGGCUGGCACAGCCGGUCCACCACCUCCCCCCUACAUUCGAAAACCCACACUUUUCAGACCGCUGAUAUUUACUGUAGGGUUUACAGGCUGCUCCUUUGGUGUGUCGGCUAUUCUGCAGUAUGAGACCAUAAAGUCAAAAGUUCAGACUGCAAAAGAUGGAGAAGAGUUAGAAAAACUUGCAUUGGGCUCUCCGGACAUGGCGUACUGGCACGACUGGUGGAACCAGCUGUCCGGCUUCCGGCGACAGCUUAUUCUCCUCAUGUCCAUGGUGGAUGACCUUUGGAACAGCCUCACAGAGGGACAGAGAACUGCCACUGGCAUUAUUGCAAUUAAUGCGGCAGUUCUGUGUUGCUGGCGGAUCCCGUCCAUGCAGAGAACAAUGAUCAAGUACUUCACAUCCAACCCAGCCUCCAAAAUACAGUGCCUUCCCAUGGUUCUGUCUUCCUUCAGCCACUACUCCAUUAUCCACAUGGUGGCCAACAUGUACGUCCUAUGGAUGUUCUCCUCUGGAAUUGUAUCUCUCCUAGGGAAAGAGCAGUUUCUUGCGGUCUACUUCUCUGCUGGAGUGAAUUCUACUAUGGUCAGUUACCUGUGUAAAACAGCCACUGGGCGGUUCUAUCCAUCAUUAGGGGCGUCAGGUGCUGUCAUGGCGGUGCUUGCUGCUGUCUGCACGAAAGUGCCAGAGGCCAAACUGGGGAUAAUCUUCCUUCCAAUGGUCACAUUCACAGCAGGCAAUGCUCUCAAAGCGCUUGUGGCUAUAGAUACAGCAGGGCUCAUGUUGGGAUGGCGGCUGUUCGACCAUGCUGCUCAUCUUGGCGGAGCCCUCUUUGGAGUAUGGUAUGUUGCAUAUGGUCACAAACUGCUUUGGAGGCGGAGGGAGCCUCUCGUGAAGCUGUGGCACAACAUGCGCUUCUCAGUCUCCAGAGGGUCUAGGCCGGGCGGUAGACCUGGGGACAAAGGUGGUGGUGGGGGACCUGGACAUCACUAAGACCUUUGGAAGCUUUUAGGAAGAAAGAUACUUCCACUUCCUUUAAUUAUAUACAAGGACAUUUUUAUUCAUGUGAAGUGAGUUUGUGUUCAAUAAUAAAUAUAGUUUGUCAUUUAAAAUUA